AUGGGAAAGAAGAAGGAAAACGAGAAGCCGGAGAAUAGGCGUAAAUAUAGAAUGCACGACAACUGCGGCGGCAUUAGUGGUGGUGGUGGCAACGGUGGAGGUGGUGGUGGUGGUGGCGGAGGCGGAGGCGGCGGCGGCGGCAAUGGUGGUAGCGAUGCCUGUAGUGGCGUGCAUAGAGGUGUACGAUUGGGAAGGGGAAGCAGUCGAUUCAGUGAGAGGCAGACGGUCAGGCCGAUGCAGUCAAAGGAUACGUCGACGACGAUGAUCGUUCGACCGAAGUUGCCGUUGUCGUUGCUCUACUCGUCGAAGAAUCGAAUAGGAAAGUUAUUAGGCGGUUUCGUGACGACAGCAGAUUUAAGAAACGUGACGAUCAGCUAA